CACUCGUUCCUCUCAACUCACCCUUAACUCGGUCUCAACUCGGUUCAAUCUCUUCCAACUCGCUCAUGAACUCACCCACAAUGAAUUCAACCCAGAAUCUUGCUGUGUUAGAUUGUAUUCUCCUCAACAGAAUGCAAAACCAGAACAAAACCCCAUGCAAACCCAAUUUGAACCCAAGGGAUGUGUGUCGACUCCGACAAGCGACGGACACACGACGGACACAAUCACGCCGGAAAAAUUUGCCAUUUCAGGUUUAUUGACGCAGAAUCUUAAAUCUGCAGAAAUUUGGUAAUCAAGAUGGUGUGCAUCUGUUGGAAAAAUGGAUCCUUUCUACAUACACGCUUUUCAUGCACAACGUCUGAUCUUCCAUGUAACAAUGUCUACUGAUAAGGUGCAAGUGUAUUUUUCUAUGCUUAGUAGUCAUAGUGUCAUACUACUGAAUAUUCUGGUGCAGAUCAAACUUAUUUUACCAAUUACUAUUAGUGAGACCUAUUUCUUACUUGACUUUGAUGGAUGAAAGUCCUUCAGAUUCCUGAACCCAGUUGUGGAUUUUGGGAUGAUGGAGACGAUAUAUGAUUUUUAAAAUAAAUUUCUGUGAGCUCCUAGAUUUUUUUUAGGGAAAUUUCAUGUAGUAACCCUGAAUUUUCGGCUUUUUUACGUGGUAGACAAAUCUUUUUUUAAUCCACGUGGUGACUUUAACCUUUUAAUUUUUCCACGUGGUAGACAAAAGAGAAGAUUUUUUUUGUUACAUUACACUAUUUUUACCCAACAUAAUGACAUUUUUUUAGAAAACAAACGUCUUGACCACCCUACCCUACUUGACCACAUAUUUCGAAAUUCAAUUUAACUAAAUACAUAACAUUUUGUCUACCAUAUGGAAAAGUUGGAAUCUCAAUGUCACCACGUGGAUUUUAAAAAAAAAACAUUUGUGAAAAAUCAAAAAAUUCAAGAUUACCAAGUGAAAUUCCUUUUUUUAAUAUGGUAAUGUUAACGGAUCAUCAAGAAAACUGAUAAAAAUUUUAAUCACUAUGAUACCACUUGCUAACUAGAAAUUCUUGUGUUAAUUACAAUUUCCAAUUGGCUACCAAACACAAAAAUUAACUUCCUAAAACUCCAUGGAAUUUUUAUUUCCUAUGAAAAAAAUACUUUAUGUGUUGAUUAACAUCCAAUGUCAUGCUAAGUAAUUCUCUCAUCUCUACACGUUCAUAUUUAGGCUGCAACUUGAAGGAAAAGUAAGCUUUUUUAACAUAACUUGCCAACUUGAAUUUAAUUAUUAGGUAAUCAAGGUCUAAUUUAACAUACAAAUACAAUACAAGUAGAUUCAAUAUUCAAGUAAUGAAUCUUAUAUUGGAAUCAAGGCCAGAUACUAAUGAAAUUUGAGCCAUUCAUCUUAUAAUGUGAUUGGCUAUGUGUGUGUUUUAAUACUUCAAUUUGCAACUCUUUCACUCUUGUUGUAAUCAAUCUUUUUAAAACAGAGGUUGAAUUCUCACUAUCUACAAGAAAAUCAAUUACCCAUCUCUUCUUACACGUAGGAGAUUGUCCUUACCACUUAUAAAAAAAGGUAGCUAAAACCAAACAUCUUUCAUCCCAACAUAAAUUACUCCCUUCCAUUCAAAGCAAUUGCUUCAUUUGAUUUUUUUAACACUAUUCAUUGAUCACUAUUAAUUUGUAUUUUAUUCUUAAUUUUGAAGUUAAAAUAUGGUCAAGUGAGAUUUUGUUUGAUUCGUCUCAAUAUAAAUUUUAUUAACAUCAAAAAUUUUAUAUAUAAUGUAAUUAUGCACAAUUAGAGAUAUUUUAGAUUGAAUUAGUGUAUUGGAUAGAGUUUAAAAACCAAAUGGGAUAAUUGGUGUGAUUUGGAGGGAGUAUAAAAUUAUAAGUUUAUAAUAACUCUAUAAUUAAGUAUAUAUAGUGCACUAGUAAAAGAUGUUUAAAGUCUUUGAAGUAAUAUUUUCCCAUUUUGAUUGGAUGUCAAGCUGUUAAUCUUGUUAUCAGUGUAUCACUUGUUGCUUUUUUUAAUUGUCUUGAUACUGAUGGAAUAUACUAGUGACCUAGUUUAGAUGCAGGAAUCUUCCCCAGCUGAUUUGAAAAUGAUUUACUCCUUUGUCCCAUUCUUUUACCUCAUUUAGAAGAAAGAUACGCACAUCAUAAUCUAAAAUUAGAGGUGUUCAUUCGGAUCAUCGGGUUGAUUCUGGAUAGGUGUUUUGGGUUGGUUUAAAAUCAGGUUUUGAAUCCACAUCGGUUGUUACAUAAUUGUAAAUCCAUUUAUAAGUAACGUCAAAUCGGAUUCGGUUAUAAGGUCAGGUGAAUAUCAUAUUGUCGAGUCUGUCAUCUAUAUCCAAAAUUAUGCAAAAUAAAUGGACAAAGGAGUAUUUUAUAAAUCAAUUAGAUUAUUUUGUCAUAGUCAAGAAUUUGUAUGGCAACAUGUUCACACAUCAUAAUCAUUCCUUAUUUAAGCAACAAGGCCUGCUAAUGAAUCAGGAGAUAGUUCUAGUUAUGUCAUCUAUAGAAACUACAUUUGCAUAGUUUUUAAGAGACAAAGACCUCCUCUUACCCCUAUACGCAAUGUGUUUUAAAUAGCAAGUAAAACCCAACAUGGAAAUUGAAUAACAAAACUUUAAUCUCAUCAUACGAGUUCAGCUACAUUAAUCAAAAUUAAUCAACGUGAAAGAUAACCGAUAACAAAGAUACUAAUGCAACGUAAGGUUUGCCUCUAAUACAUGGGUCCUUUUUUCGGACUCUUGCUCUUAAGUUUCGCUUUGUACAUCGGGCUGCUCGAUUCAUCCUUAUGCUCUUUCAAAUCUUGAAUCUUCGUGUCUUUUUUUUACUUUUAUUGUUAUUAGAUAAUUUAUGGCUUUACCUCUCGCUUCUAAAUUCUUCAAACCUUUGACUUUUUCAAGUAGUGCAUUUUUCGGCAAUAUACAAGGCCUUUCUCAUUUUAUCUUUAAUAUUUGCGACUCUUACACCUUUUCUUAUUUCUACUUCUUUAAUACUUUUUCUCAUCAAGUAAAUUAUUUAAAUAACCGUAAGUAUAAUUUAACAGUUUACUUUUCAGUCUGCAGAUGAAUACUACUAAAUAUAUACCAGCAUAUCCUCAUUGGUUUCUCUAGUCAAUCCCAUUUAGAUUGGAAGCCAUGGCAGUGAAUAUAACCAGCAUCAAAACCUCCUCAGAUGGAAUUAUACAAGGCGAUAACCCUCUCCAUUUCGCCUUCCCAUUACUCUUGAUUCAAACCAUCUUAAUCCUUGCCAUCACCCGUCCUCUCGCCUUAUUACUCAAGCCUCUUCGUCAGCCCAAAGUCAUUGCUGAAAUUUUGGGAGGAAUAUUGUUGGGACCUUCAGCUUUAGGAAGAAACAAAGUUUACUUAAAGACGCUAUUCCCACGUUGGAGCCAACCCAUCCUAGAAUCAGUGGCUAAUCUUGGUCUCUUGUUUUUCUUAUUCCUAGUAGGCCUUGAGUUGGACCUCCGCUCCAUCCUCCGAGGCAGCCGCAAAGCUUUCAUCAUUUCCAUUGCUGGAAUAAGCCUGCCUUUUGCAGCUGGAGCUGCAAUAGCACUUUUACUCCGAAGGAGCAUCGAGGGAGCGGACCAAGCUGGGUACACUCCCUUUGUAGUAUUCAUGGGUGUAGCUAUGUCCAUCACCGCAUUUCCGGUGUUGGCUCGUAUCCUGGCCGAGCUCAAGCUCCUUACCACUCGUGUCGGGGAAACUGCCAUGACUAUAGCCGCUUUUGAUGAUGUAGCUGCAUGGAUCCUUCUAGCCCUUGCAGUAGCCCUUUCGGGCCAUGAAGGAUCCAAGAAUAACCCAUUAGUUUCACUUUGGGUUUUAUUGAGUGGAGUUGGAUUUGUUCUCCUCAUGUUCAUAUCCGUUAGACCCUUAAUGGUUUGGGUUGCUCGCCGAUGUUUUGACCGUGUUAGUGAAAUUUAUGUCACCCUAACCCUAGCCGGGGUACUCCUGGCCGGGUUUACCACGGAUCUUAUAGGGAUCCAUGCUAUAUUUGGGGCAUUCAUAUUUGGGUUGAUUAUUCCCAAGGAAGGGGAGUUUGCUGGAAGCCUAAUAGAAAGAAUAGAAGAUUUUGUUUCUGGCUUGAUGUUACCUCUUUUCUUUGCUUCUAGUGGGCUUAAGACGGAUAUAACUAAGAUAAGAGAUGGAACCACGUGGGGUCUGCUCGUGCUCGUGAUUGCUGUCGCUUGUGUUGGCAAGAUCGUGGGGGUAUUCACGGUGGCUUUGUGCUGCCGGAUAAAUGCUAGAGAGGCUAUGGUUCUUGGUGUAUUGAUGAAUACCAAAGGUUUGGUUGAGCUUAUUGUUCUUAAUAUUGGCAAGGAAAAAAAGGUCCUUAACGAUGCAAUGUUUGCAAUAAUGGUGUUAAUGGCUCUAGUCACGACCUUCAUAACAACUCCUAUAAUCAUGACAAUUUACAAAACAUCUCAUCAAAACCCCAAACGAAAGCUUCAACCAGAUCCCACUUCAAAUACUGAUCAGAUUCCUGCUCUCACUUCCUCAAAAGAAGAACAAUUCACACUUUUAGCUUGUGCUCAUGGACCAGCUAACAUCCCCGGACUCAUCAGCCUCAUUGAGUCAACUCGUGGUGAAACUAGCAAGAACAAACUCAAGCUAUACAUCAUGCACCUUGUAGAGCUCACAGAGCGUUCAUCUUCCAUCCGUAUGGCCCAACGUUUCCGUCAAAAUGGGCUACCUUUUAUCGACUCAUCGACCCAUCGUCGUAGUCGGUCUGAGGUCCAUGAUCCUGUCACCUUAGCUUUCAACUCAUAUGCUGAUCGUUCGGGUCAAGUAAUGGUUCGACCUGUUACUGCAAUCUCCGCACUUUCAACCAUGUACGAGGAUAUAUGUCAUGUAGCAGAGCAAAAAUGCGCAAUAAUGAUCAUACUACCUUUCCAUAAGAUGUGGAGAAAGGAUGAAGAAAGUGGGGAAAUGAGAGUAGUAGAGAAUCUAGGAUAUGAAUGGAGGGCGAUUAAUCAGAAGGUGUUAAAACGUUCUCCUUGUUCUGUAUCGGUGUUUUUGGACCGUGGAUUUGAUGAAGUAGGAGACGAUCAUCAAUAUCAAGAAGGAAAUGAAGGGAAGAAGGUUUGUGUUGUGUUCUUCGGAGGGCCUGAUGAUCGAGAGGCGUUAGAGCUUGGAGGUAGGAUGGCACAACAUUAUGGGACUAAAAUUAGUGUUAUACGGUUUAAUGGGCAUCGAGGAACGAGUGGUAGCAACAAUGUUACGUUAAUGGCGUCGCAUGAGAAGUGCAGUGACAGCAAUUACACUUUUUCUGUUGCUCCGAUGAACUGCAAUGAAGAGACUGCAUUGGAUUAUACAAUGAUGGAAAAUUUCUUGAGCAAAUGGAAUGGGAAAGUGGAGUACAUAGAAAAGAAAGCCAACAACAUAGAAGAGGCAAUGCUAGAACUAGGUAGAAGUGGAAGUUACAACCUUAUCAUCGUAGGCAAAGGUCGGUUUCCUUCCACAAUGGUGGCAGAAUUGGCGGACCGCCAGGCUGAGCAUGCCGAAUUGGGACCUAUUGGGGAUAUCUUGUCAUCCUCCAACAAUGGUGUCGUCUCGUCUGUUUUAGUUGUUCAACAACACGAUUCAGCAUAUUCAGAAGAGGCUCCCGUUAGCAAGGUUGUUAACAAUGAAGCUCGAAAUCUUGAUACUAAUAGUAUCCAUGUUUGAAUUCAUCUAUUUCUUAAGCUAUUUGCAUGUUUUCUACGUUACGUAAGUCUAUCUCUGUAUAUUAGAUAUUCAUAUCUCAUAUCGACUUUUUAUACAAUGCACAAACAAAAUUAGUUCUUAAA